AUGUUGUCUAACGCAAAGUUCCUACUAUCAUUGGCUAUGGCCUCUAGCGCUUUCGGAUUAGUGUCCAACUCUAGCUCUUCUGUAAUCGCGGCGCCAUCAAGUGAUGCCAUUAUUGCCGGUAACAAUACUGCUACACCUGCACCAGAACCAUCUUCCGCUGUUCCACCUUUCUAUAACUCCACUGCUACUACAACGCAGUACGAAGUUGUCAGCGAGUUUACAACCUAUUGCCCUGAACCAACAACUUUCGUAACGAAUAACGCAACAUAUACCGUGACUGCUCCAACGACUCUGACGGUAACAAAUUGUCCUUGUACCAUCGAGAAGCCAGCCUCUGAGACUUCAGCUUCCUCUACGCAUGAUGUGGGGACAAAUUCUAACGCCGCCAACGCAAAGGUAAUUCCAAGUGCCUUGGGUUUGUUCGGUGCUGUUAUGAUGCUAUUAUAA